GUGUGAAAACACCAAAACCAAGAGCUUUCCUAUCAGCAAUCCUCUCUGUCAGGGUGGGGUGUGCCCUAAACCCUUUGGAAAUACCAACUCCCUCUCCCUCCACCCUUCUCUUUGCCUCUUGCAGUGCCAUCAAGAACAUGACUGACAGCAGUGUGUACUUCAAGAGCAUCGACAGCCUCCUCAAACAUGCCAUAGCCAUGAAGGACCAGCUGAAUGCUGCUCAGGGCCGCAGGUAG